AGAAGUGAAGGAGUUCGGCUGCACUGCAGUUUGGGGGAGUUGCGGGUCUUUUGCAUUUAAAUGAGUAAUAAAGACGGUUCCCAAAAUGACAAACCUCCCGAACCCAGUGUGGUUUACGUGCACAGUCCACAGUACAUCGAAACCUGCGACUCGUUGUCAAAAGUGCCCAACCGGGCCAGUAUGGUGCACUCUCUGAUAGAAGCCUACGGUUUGCUGAAACUCAUGAGAGUGGUAAAGCCCAGAAUAGCCACCAUAGAAGACAUGGCAGUUUUCCACACGCACUCUUACCUUGAGCACCUUCACAAAAUUAGCGAAGAGGGAGACAACGAUGAUCCUCAGUCGAUUGACUAUGGUUUGGGUUAUGACUGUCCAGUCGUUGAGGGCAUCUUCGACUAUGCAGCAGCUGUUGGAGGGGCAACACUGAGUGCUGCAGAAUAUCUUCUUGAUGGGAAAGCCACCGUGGCCAUCAACUGGGCUGGGGGCUGGCACCAUGCUAAGAAGGAUGAGGCCUCUGGGUUUUGCUAUGUUAAUGAUGCUGUGCUGGGCAUAUUGAAGCUGAGGGAGAAGUAUGAGCGUGUGUUAUAUGUCGAUGUGGACCUGCACCAUGGAGAUGGGGUAGAAGAUGCGUUCAGUUUCACGUCCAAAGUCAUGACGGUGUCCUUUCACAAGUUCUCCCCUGGCUUCUUCCCUGGUACAGGUGACGUGCAUGAUACAGGGCUGGGCAAAGGCCGCUGGCAUGCUGUCAACGUCCCUCUGGAGGACGGGAUCGGAGAUGAUCGCUACUUUCAACUGUUCACCAGUGUUCUGCAGGAAGUGCAUGCUGUGUUCAACCCAGAAGCAGUUGUGAUGCAGCUGGGGGCAGACACCAUGGCAGGAGACCCCAUGUGCUCCUUCAACAUGACGCCUGUGGGUUUGGGCCACUGCCUAAGCUACGUGUUGCUCUGGCAACUACCCACGCUGCUGCUUGGGGGAGGAGGCUACAACCUUGCUAACACUUCCCGAUGUUGGACCUAUCUGACUGGUGUUGUGCUGGGCAGAACCUUGGCCUCAGAGAUACCAGACCAUGAGUUCUUCACAGAAUAUGGGCCGGACUACUCGCUGGAGAUCAGUCCUAGCUGCCGACCAGACCGCAAUGAGACCCAGCAACUGAACCGAGUCAUCAGUACCAUCAAAGGUACCGCCCAUGCCAACAGCAACACAUGUGGCUGCAGUUUAGAAGAGUUCCAUACAUGGCUACAAUAUGGGACCCAUUACCGAAGCCUUAAAAAGCCUUGACAAACGUUCUUACUACUUUUCAUUGAUAUUUAUAUCAAGGAUAGUUUUAAGGGGCAGUAUCCAAGUGUCUAAGAAUCUAAGGUUGAGGAAAUGGUGAGGUCUAAAGACAACAAUCCAAGGCUGGACCAGAAAUGAUGACGGCACCAGAGCCAGCCCAGACUGGCAUUAAGAAAGGACAAGUGUCCCACUUAGCUACUUUGCAAAUUUUCAUUAAGCCCUGCUCUUGUUUUAUUUUUAUACCUGUCAUUUGGUCAGCAUGAAGGGGAAGAUCCAGCACCAUCUCCUCAGACAGGAGCAAAGAAUGAGAUAUAUCAUCUUGACUCCUCCAUUACACACACCCGGACCCUCUCGUCUCGUGCCACACAAACCUUGGGUGUCGUGCUGAAAAGGAAAAAAGCAGGCAAGAUACAUUGACCAUAGGACAGCUCUGACCUCCAGGAAAGCACUUCAAGGGGCAGGAUUCUCAGAAGCUUGGUUUGGAAUGAGACUUGGGUUGGUUGGACUGUCCAGAGGAGAAUCAAAACCUUUGAAAGAAGUUGAGGGCACUCAGGAACAUAUGCUUGUCAUUGCUGUCACAUCUGCUCUGCUGCGAGUUCAGAGAGCCCUUAUUUAGAAGUUAGAUUCAUUGAUGCACUUCUGUGACCGGGACAUUCCUCUCUUUUCCUCUCUUUUACUCUGCCUUUGGCAUGAGGCGGAACUGGGCAGCAGUUAACCCCAUCCCGGCUCCCACUCGGAGCGUACGCCAUUGAAAGCUGUUUGGAUUCCUUUAUCAUUCUUGUGUCAUGUGAAGCUUGGAGACAGUGCUGAAUGAAGCUCUGACAACUGAGAGCAGUUUGUAGGGACUGCAGGAAGUCACUGACCAGGACAGAUGGACAGGGACAGAAGCAGAACUCAGUGACACAGUGGUACAGAAGCUGUGACACAGCUGCUGCAGACUGCAUGGAUAAUUGUAUUCAUAAUUUCAUUAGAGUUGAGGCGGCAGGAAAUGGUACUGUGCUGUCAUUCUGUCGGGUUCCAGUGAAAUCCUGUUUUGCAGUCACAUCCUGUGUUUCAGCCACAUGGAUGCUCAAGAGCUUGGUGACAGGAUUACACACGGGUUUUUACGGGUUGAAGGGGUCAGUGUACUGAAGUGGGCUAAAUGUCAAAGAAGUAACACAAUUGGAUGGCCCUGGCUUUGUACUUGUACUGCAGGUGGCAGGUUGGUAUGUGGAAUACUGCUUCCCAUGUCAUUGUUUCAUCUAAAUUUAAUUCCCUAGUUGCAAACUUUCUCUAUUGUAAAGCCAGUGUAUGCUUACUCCAAACUGAAGCCAUGGAUUAAUUAAUUGGGCUGUUAAUUACUAGUCCAGAAAUUUUUUUGUAUAUGGCUUCCAUCUAUGUAAAAGGUUGGCCAAGAUGUUAGUAGAUCUGCAUGUGAGAAAGCUGACGGUACCAAAUAAUGGGUUUGGAGGGGAUGGUUUAUCACUGUGGUCACCCACCUCCCCCAUGUCAUCUGCCAGCUUGCAAACCCUUGUGUUCACCGCAAAUGAUUUGCAUGGCCAUCACUGCUGCACAACACAACGCUGUGCUGUAUCAAAACUGCACUCCAUAUCUGGAGAAGAUUUAUGAGAUUGUGAGGAAGAGGAGAAGUCAGAAUGUAGAAGUCACAGCCUCACAUGUUUGCUUUGGUUGACCCUGACUGGUGAUUCAGCAGAUGAACAAC